AUGCGUGCGGAUUUUCACCUCUUCGUCGCCGCGACUUCCUCUUCGUAUAUAGGCCGUGGCGCUUUGAGCGGAACUCUCCACAGUCGCCAAGUGCUCCAAGGCGCCGGGGGGUGGCCGAAGAGCAGACGCGCCGCGGGAAGCGCUCGCUUCCCACGAAGCCAGCUCCCGCCGCCUGGGUUGCAGAGGCAGUCCAGUGCGACGAGCCUUGGUCCUGGUCGGCUGGGUUGUUUCGCAGCAGAAAGGCCUUCUCUGCUACAUGGAAGCGACACUGUCACGCCGCGUGCCUCGAGCGCCACAGCCCGCAUCCAAUUUCGAGGCUGGGCCUGUGCGUCGGGAUCCUCCUCGGCUCCUGCGGAGGAGGCUCCCCCGGACUUCGAACGAAGACCGCGACUGCGUCCACAGUGCAGCCCGAAGGUCAGGUGGCUCGCGGAACAACUCGUGAGUCUGUCUCAGCUGGAAGCGGAUCAGGUUUGUUCUUCUCUGAAGGAGCGGAUGACGCCGCUCGCCAACAGACAGACUGGGGACCAGAAGGACUGGCAGCCACAAAUCCCUGGAAACUUCACAUUCUUUCCACAUCCCGUCGGCCUCUUUGCGGCAGCCACGGGUUCGGCUCGCGUCGUGGGUGUCGGGGCGCCGAACGUUCGUGCGCUGGCAGCGACAGUGAUCUGUGCGUCAGCACACGUAAGUCUCGUCCUCCUGGCGUUUGGGGUUUCAGGGUUAUAA